AUGAAAAUUUUGUACCAAAUGUUGUUCUUAGGGCUCAGAUGUCCCAACCUGAAGCUGAAGAAGGGCCCUGGGUGCUUCUGCUGUUAAUCAUAAAACUGUACACUCUGGUCGAGGUAUCUCUACCAGAUAGAGAUCAGGUCUUAUUUCCUGAUCACCAGAGGAAAGAUUUAUGGUGCUCUUGUUGAACCUUUAAGCGUUGGCUCUAUGACUGACAUAUAUGGGCAUCGGAGGUCAGUAGCCUUCUUAACCUACAGAGUAAAUGGACAAUAUAUCCUGGAAGGACUUGCAUUCAGCUUCCUGUUUACAAUGAAAGGUUUAGGUUUCACAAUCCUGGACCCGUCUAAUGCAACUAAAAUUCCAAAACUCAACAGAUUUGUCCUCGUGUUAGUUGGAUUCAUCUGGACCCUGUCAAUUUUUUUCAUGGCCAGAGUAUUCAUGAGAAUAAAAUCUCUGGGCUAUCUGAUAGGUUAG